AUGAUGAAGAUUUUAGCGGUGAUUUUAAUUUUCUGCGCUUUAACCAGCGCUAAACCUAAAUUGACGAACUUCAGAACCGUGAAUCAAGAUCCUGUGGAGGAAAUUGAAGGCUUAUUGGAAGGUACUUAAUGAUAACCAUAUAUCACUUGUUUGCUCUUAAAAUUGGUGUGCCACAAUACUUAAAACAUAAAAUCCAGCAUAAAAUUUGCUCAAUGGAAUCGAUUCUUUUUGAGAAGCUUAAAUGAGUAAUUCAGCGCAAGGUUUUUGGCAUGCCAGUUAUUUGGUUUUAGUUGAAUUCGUAUCAUUUUACGCUUGAUUUAUAAUUUGCUACAAAGAAAAAAAGAAUGAAGGCUUAAAGACAGAUAUUAGUAGCUGAAAAAUCUUCAGACUGAAAAUAACUAAAAGAUGAGCUGAAUAUACGAGAAAAUGACCCUUUAUACCCGUUCGAGUUUUAAUUUUAUGCUCUAAACCGUAAUCGAUUAUAGGGCGGCAAUUGCAAAAUCACUGUUAUCGCGUAACGACUCGCAUACUACAAAUUUGCUCAUUUUGAAAACAGAAAGUUGUAGUGUUGUUGUUUUGCUGUUGAUACACUGAUGAGUUAGCCUUGUAAGUUGCAAUCACUUCCUCAUGCAACUAUUUAGUACUUGCUUCGAAUCUCAUUACAUCAUGAGUAGCAAUGGAAUAUACCGCGGUGAUAAACAAAACCAAGUUAACUUAAAUUAACUAAGAAAACGGUCCAACCAAAUGAGUCACAAAAUGGAAUUUGGACUGAGCUUUUAUUAAAAUAAAAAAUUUUUGGUCCGUUUUGUGUUCUCUACUGAAUUCUGGGGGUUUUAGUCCUCUCUUGAACUCGCUCGAACCCAAAGGGUUAAAUUGAUUGCUGAUUCGUCUUUCACUAUUAAAUAACAACCAAGAGACUGUAUUAAAUAACCCAAUAAAGUAUAUUUGAUAACAAGAUCAGUAUGGUCUAUAAUAAGUUUCCUAACGUUCGCUGUCUUAUCUGAGUAGCUUUGAACAAAAACGCAAAAAAGCGAAUUCAUUUAUCAACUAGAAAAUUUUCCGCUUUUCACACUUGAACAAACAUACGUUCUUUCUGAAAAUUGUUUCAUUAUUUGGCUGGUUCCACGAGUGUGCAAGACAAAUCGAAGCGAAUCCUGUCUUCUACCCGACCGUACUAAGGUGGGCCUGUCUUGCCCACUUUUAUUUGUCUCUCAAGGAGAGAUUUUGGUUUGGCCAUACGAUAAAUCCUUUAUUGGCCAAGCUUGUGCAGUCAGGAUGGCUGAAUAUUGGACUCCUUCGUUUUUAUAUGCUUCACUUGAGUUCAUAACAUAGCAAAAAGCUUGGCCAAUAUCUAGGGAUAUUAACCUAACACGUGGUCAAGUGGGCGUAGUUCUCAUCAUCAGCCAUGCAUAAAACAGCGUAACUGACAAAGGACAAGCCUAAAUUAAAAUAUAUAUGCCUGGAUUUUUGAAAACCGGCUUAGCAAAAAAAGUCAACUCGUUCUACUACUUGGCAAUUUAAAACAAUAAGACAUCAUUCAAAGGGCGAUUAAAAGCCUUUAUCUGACGCAGGGCAGUGAGUUAGUGGUUACUAGAAGCAUAGUUAUUAGAGGAGACUGGUUAUGAAAAGCGGCAAACAUCAAUGAUAAAAACAACAGUGCUGCAGUUUAUGUUGGAAGCACCCUGAAAGUGCACAAUCCUUUGUUUUCUGUUGAAAAUUGUCACGGAAUAAAUUAAUGCAACGUUUUUAUUGGUCAAUACAAUCAAAAUGAUAGGAAUUCUUUUGAACGUUGUGCACUUUCAGGUCCACAAAAACAUAUAACAAAGGAGUCUGACGGGUUUCAUAACCAUUCCACUCAAUUAACUAUGCUAGAAGCAAUCAACGGGUCUAAAAUAGAAAUUCGCGAAAUUCUGUCUACAGGCACUUCGCCACAAAUCCCUAACCACAAAACGAACAAAAAAAGGCAUAAGCAAACAACUCAGUAAAGAAGCUAUUAGACAGGGGAAGUUAAGAGAAAUUACAAAAUGUUUGCUAACCCGGUUUUCAUAACUCCAGGUACUCAUACACGUUUGUCGUUUCCUUAGGGCAGAGGCCUCUUACAAGGGAAAAAAGGCCUCUGCUAUCGGUGUAAGUCUAACCUGAGAUCAGGCCCAACUUUAGCAGCUUCCAUACAUUCUCUUUAGCCUCCCACGCAGACAUUUUUAGGGGUUCGUCACGCGUUCCUACGGCUUUAACGAGCCUCUAAGAACGUUUGCUUUAGGGAGGCUACUAACAUUCUCUCUUACUUGAUCGCGUUUCGUUGCGCCUUUCCCGCCAGAAUUUUAUUUACCAAGCGAAACGAAAAUAGGGCCUGAUCUCAAGUUAGCUUAGUGUAAGUUAGAUAAUCAUUUAAUGCAUUGGACGAAGUUAGUUAGUUAAUCUCAGCAUUUAUGUGGCCUUAGAGGCAGUAGAAAUGGGGGAGGGAGGGAAGGGAGAGCAGUGAACGAUGAAGUUCAAUCAUAGCAAAGACGAGAAAUGUACCUUUUAUUCACAGAUGAAACAAAAAUCACUGAGCCUCUCGGGUCGGAUGCUACAGAUGAAGUGAAGGAAGUUGUCGAUAAUACUGCGACAUUUGGUGAUGAGCUGAAUGACCACAGUGAGGGAGGCGAGGGAGAGGAAGGAUCUGGGGUGAAUCCAGCAGGCGCCGGCGGACAACGUCCCAGCCCCCAUCUAAAAUUAUUGAUCUGGAAAUGUGCUUAUAUUUGUCAUCGUCACUUUAAACAUCUUUCAUUUAAAGGGUGCGUUCGUGAUUGUGUAUAUCUACACAUCUAUUGCCACGCCCACCCAUCGAAGUGCUCUAAGAAAACAUCAGCGGAUGAGGAGCAAGAAGGCAUGCCUUUUGUUGAAAAGGAGUCCGCUGAUGCUUGA